AAACUUGAUGUCAUUCCACAUGUUUCUAGCUGUUACCUAACUAAUCUAACUACUUAUGUUGGCCAACAUUUACAGCUAAGUUGCCGUUAAUUACCAACCGUAGCACGUUUCCUUUCCUUCGUACUAUAUAAAAAGGCAAAAGCGCCCAAUUUCGAAUAUUAAUGUCUUAAACCGUUCGGAAUACUCAAUUCCUUUAAUACUAUUCUUGGGCGUCAAAAUGGGUAACUAUAUGAAAGCUGUUGAUAUCCACGGCGGCAAAGGGCCUGCCACUUCACUCUUUAUCAAUCCCGAGACGCCUAAGCCCGAGCCUCAAGAAGGCCAAGUUUUAGUUAGGGUGAAGGCUUUUGGAUUGAACCGUAUGGACCUCCUCCAGCGUGAGGGGAGAUAUCCGGUUCCACCACAGGCCCCGGCCACCCUCGGCGUUGAGUUCAGCGGUACGAUUGAAUCCUUCGGACCUGGCUCACACGGCGAUUUUCAGAUUGGAAAUGCUGUUUUCGGCCUUGCGUACGGUGGCGCAUAUGCGCAAUACAUUACCGUGAGCUCCAAAAUGCUAUUGCACAAACCCGACAGUCUUUCCUGGGAGAUGACGGCUGGUAUCCCCGAGACAUGGAUCACGGCAACACAGGCUUUGCAUCUGGUCGGUGAAUUCGCACCAGGCAAGUCGGUACUGUGGCACGCCGGCGCUAGUGGUGUAAGCAUUGCGGGAAUUCAGCUUAGUCGCGACAGCGGAGCGAGUGCUAUAUACGCUACCGCCGGUACGGAUGAAAAGUGUCGAUUUAUUGAGCGCGAGCUUGGCGCCACUAAGGCCUUCAAUUAUAAAACACAGGACUGGACAAAGGAAAUUCUCGAAGCAACCGGUGGAAAAGGCGUGGAUCUUAUUAUAGACUUCGUCGGCGCCAGCUACUUCCAAAAGAACCUAACGGUCGCGGCUAGGGAUGCUAAAUGGGUGGUGUUAGGCAUGAUGGGUGGUACAAAACUUGACGGAGUCGAUAUUGGAUUCUUGAUUUACAAGCGACUGCGAAUUGAAGGUAGUGCGCUACGAAGUAGGGAUCCUGACUACCAGGGUCGAUUGAGGGAUAAGCUGGUAGAGUAUAUGCCUCAUUUUAUAGAUGGCAAACUGAAAGUCUUCGUCGACACCAUCCUACCGAUGGACGACGUCAUUAAAGCACACCAGUUGAUGGAAGAAAACAAGACGACUGGAAAAAUCAUCUGUACGGUCCCGUAGAACAAACCACUUAGGUAUAUGAAGAAUUUCCGACCCGCCGGGCCUAUUUCAUGACCGAAACCUGCGUAACCACAAGUGCUCG